AUGGACAAGAACGUUGUGGACGAGGACGACAUCAGCUCGUUGAUCGGACAUUUCGCCAAGGAAACAUUUAAGUGCACCAACAGUGAUUCGUUCGGGUUAGAUGUGAUGGAAAGAUGUUUAAAUCUCUUGCGGUUGGAUUAUAAAUUUAUGAUCAUUGAUAAUAGCAAGGGACGAAUUAAUGAGCAAUAUCCACAUAAGAUACCAAUUUUACAACAUGAAAGAUAUCCAAGAGGUCAAAGAACUUCUUCCAGUUCAGUGGAUGAUAUUUCACCAAAAGGAGCUUGCAAUCGAAAAAGGAACAGUUUAGGUGCUCCAUCACCUAGUAGUCAUUCAUCCCCAGAACCAUUCGUGCGAUCUCAAUCUCCAAGGCUUAAUAGCCCUAAAAAAACUAGUGAAACUGUUGGUACAGAUAUUGUAUCAAUUGACACACUAAUCAAUGAAGCAAAAUUUGCAAGGUGCCGUAACCGUUUUGUUGUACCUGUAAUAUUAUACCAAGGAAAAUAUAUAUGCAGAUCUUCUACAAUUGCAAGAAUGACAGAAAUAGGUUUGGGAACUGCGACUGAAAAAGGUCUGUCUUUUGAAGAAUUCAGACAAUUGGAUAAAAAAAGAAAAUGUGAUGUUGAGUUACUUAAUGCUUGGAAAGUAGGUACUAUUAUUGAUCUGAUGGUUGAAAAUGAAAAGCAAAAAUAUUUAUUUGCUGUAACAUCAUCAGAAAAAGUGGAUGAUACUCAAAAAUAUGCUGUAUUCCGAAUAAUACCUACACCAUAUCCUGGAUGUGAAUUUUUUCUUGAUUUUAAGAAAAACAAUUAUAAUUCUGAAGGAUUAAUGUUUGAUUGGUCUGAUCCUUCUAUUGAUUCAACACUCAAUGUGAAACCCAACCCUGCUGUUGAUCAGUUGGAUAUCCAGUGGAGUAAAUACAAGGAAUGGGACUUACGACAGCUAACUGAAAAUUAUCUUAGCUUAAUGCUGAAGUAUGUUUGGUGUUCAUCAAAAGGAAUACUUAUACAUUGUAUAAGUGGUUGGGAUCGUACACCAAUGUUUAUAUCAUUAAUAAGAAUGUCUUUAUGGGCUGAUGGUGUUAUACAUAAAUCAUUAUCUCCUAGCCAGAUUUUAUAUUUAACACUUGGGUAUGAUUGGUAUUUAUUUGGACACAAUUUAGAAAAUCGUCUUGAAAAAGGUGAAGACAUUAUGCACUUUUGUUUUCAUUUCCUUAAGUACAUAUUCAGUGAUGACUUUAAAACACCUUCUAUGCCUUCUGCAGUCACAGCACCAAGUAGUCCUAAAUUUUCUUCUUAUUUAGGAGAAUUUGACUUAACUGAUCUGGAUCAAUUAGAUAUUCGCUCACGAAAUAACAGUAAUGACAGUAAUGAAGAUUCAACAAAUGGAAAGUCUUAUGAUACUUUAGAUGAUUAUCAUUCACAGUUUGAUUUUGAACAAACAACAGCAGGUAAAUUAAAAUCCAUUAAGAAACCAGCAGAGAAGUUUUUCAUCAAAGAGACUAUAUAUGAGAUGGAAGACAUUGAAGACAUUGAUGAUGAUGAUUAUAGUAUGUCUGAUGAAGUUGAAACAAAACGGUACAAAUGUUCAUCUCCUCGUAGGAGACAUCGUUCUCUUAGGUCUCCAGACUUGGAUUUUGAAUAUGAUGAUUGCGAUUUCAUAUCAAUGGAAGAUAAAACCAUGCCCGUUGAUAUGCCUGCAUCACAUAAGCAUAUUCGAACAUUUUCUAAUUCAAGCGAGACUGAUGAAUGGUCAAUGGUUACUCAAACAGGUAGCCUCAAUGGAAAUGAUUUGUCUGAAAACCGAUUUCGUCCUAUUUCAUCGCGAGAAAAUAGGUUAUCUGCUGUUAGAGAACUGUUCCAUAAAUGUUACAGCACAUACGGGUAUAAAACUGAUGGCCCUGAAGGUAUUUUUAGUAAACUUUUGUUUUGAUAUCACUCCAUAUUAAAUGUAAAUUGUAUUGAGUUUUAUAACUCACUGUAAGAAACCAUUAUAUAAGAAAAGGAAGUAUAAUAUUUUAUGUAUUAUACUACUGACAUCAAUUUUACUUUCUUUCCGGAAAAUUAAGAAAAUCUAUUUUAAUUGCAUAUUUAUAUUGAUUAUCUGUUAAUAUUUGAUCAAAUAAUGUGAAUUAUUAAAAGGUAUAUAACCUACUAUUUUACAGCAACUCAUAUACUGUGUUCAAUUAAUUUAUAGCAAUUUGAGUUUCCCUUUAGAUGUUUAGUUUCUCUAUCUAUGUAUACAGAACUCAUUAAAUGCCAUUUUAAAUACUCACACAUGUAUGAGUGUAUUAAUAUUGCAUAUGCAGUUUUGUAUUAUUGUUUUUAUAAUUUUUAAUGUAUACUAUUAUAAAAGAAAGAAAAAUAAGUGGA